AUGGAGGUCACGACAAGGCCGAUCGAUCGGAUCUCGUCGAUUCGAAGCUCGCACGAUUGUCAGGUCUGUCACUCGACUCUGGCGAACGGUCUCCAUUUUGGCGCACGAACGUGUGCGGCUUGUGCAGCCUUCUUUCGUCGAACGAUCUCCGAUGGAAAAAAGUAUAUCUGUAAACGCUCACAGCGAUGCACGAGUGCGAGUCGAGAUGGCUAUCGCAAGAUUUGUCGAGCUUGCCGGAUGAAGCGAUGUUUAGAGAUUGGAAUGAUGCCGGAAAAUGUUCAACAUAAACGCCAAAUUCAGCAAGCAUCCCCGUUGCCAUUGCCUGGUGGACCGUUGCCCGGCCUCUCCUGUGCUUCGGUGAUCACCGGAUUACCCGGGCUAUCACAAAGUCUUCCACAAGUGAUGGAUCAUUCCCAUCUUCUUUCUCCAUUCGGUGCUCAAUUCCCCGGUUCAUCCAGUCAAUUCACCCUGUUUUCGACGAAUUUCCCCUCAACUUUACCAUCACUCAAUCCAAUGUUGAUAUCAGAUAACUCGAUUGAAAGAAACCAAGAAAUUUCCAGUGAUGAUGAGGGU